GCGGAAAUCCCGCGAGAGGAGACGCCGGAGGCGUUCCCGGGGCGAUCCGACGGGGCGGGGACCGAGACGGCGGUGGUGAGGGUGGGCUUUUCCGGGGACGAUGCCCUCCGCCUUCUCGGUCAGCUCUUUCCCCGUCAGCAUUCCGGCCGUGAUCACGGUUGCCAGAAAGCUUGGAGAAGAUGCCGUCGGGGAAUUGGGACGCCUCCGACCUCCCAGGCCCCGAAGUCAGACAGACUGGACCGAGCCGUGGCUGCUGGGACUGGCCGUCUUCCACGUGCUGUGCCUGCUGCUCACAUGUCUGUCCUCCCAGAGGCACGGACUUCAGGUCGGACACUUCCUGUGCCUGGUGACUUUGGUCUAUGGUGCUGAGUAUAUCAACGAAGUCGCGGCCAUGAACUGGAGAUUAUUUUCGAAAUACCAGUAUUUCGACUCACGGGGGAUGUUCAUUUCCAUAGUGUUUUCGGCGCCGCUGCUGCUCAACGCCAUGAUCAUCGUGGUGAUGUGGGUCCGGAAGACCCUGGAUGUGAUGACCGACCUGAAGACCCUGCAGGAGACGAGAAGACGAAGGAAAAGGAAAGACUGACGCGGGCGGUCGUGUCGGUUUCUUGGGGGCACCGGGUUCCUCCGCGUCCUCGCCCCCCGCCUCCCUGUCGGCGGCCCGCACGUCUCACGGAGGGUCCGCGCCCCAGAGCACACCUCGCGUUGCCCUUGAAAUAAACGCUGCUGACACUGC